AGCCUCAAGGCGCAGCGGCAGCAGGAGCCAUUUUUUUCAUCAUUCAAGCGGAGUCGCGCGGACGGAGCGGAGGUGUAGCUGCUGCCGCUCCUGCCCCUGUUGCUGCGUGUGAGCGAGCGCGUGCGAGGGGCUUCGGCCGACGAUUAGCGCCAGGUUGCCCCUCAAAACGCGACCCGGAGUGGCCCGGAGGAAGUGCGCCCCGCAGAGAGCAUGGCUGCUCCGCAACAAAGGGAAACUCACGGGCGCAAAGUUUAAAGGAAUAAGCGGCGGCAGGAACAUUCGCACUCGGAGCGCGGCGGAGCGACACUGAGCCGCGAUGCACUUCGCUAAGUGGAAUUUGUUGGCGCUGCUCUGCUGGUGCCGGCUGCUUUCGCCGGCGGGCUGCUUCUCCGUCCACACCGGCGAGGAUGCGGGACCGGGGACGGUGGUGGCCGACGCGCGCAGGAGCGCGCGCUGUACUUUGCGUCAGGUCCUCGCUCCCAAGUGGACGGAGCGCUUCCUGGGCACGGACGCGGCCGCGGGCGUCGUGUUCGUGUCGGACUCGAUCCGGUGCCGCUCGCUGGGCUCCAACCCUUUUGCCGUGUACACCGUGGCGGACUGCGCGGACUCCGGCUUCAGGCACCUCCGCACCAGCCGGUAUGACGUGCGCGUUCACGGUAGGAACUGUUCAAACACGCGUAAAAGUAAGCCUCGGUGGGACAUGGAGGUCCUCAGCUUGUUCAUCCCGCACGGCCACCGACUCUCCCGGUGCCACCCAGCAGGCUCUGCUUUAUUCCCAGUGGGGGGGCUGCUGCCGGGCUCUCCGGUCCGCUGCAGAGUCACCAACGGCCGGGACUUUUAUUUCUCUGAGGGGGACUUGUUUGUGUCUGAGACUCUGUGCUGGAGGCAGGACACCCUCCUGGAGCUAGACCUGCUCUGCGACGUCCUCACAGGGAGCGGGCUGAGCGCUCAGGUCCACCCCGUCUCCAUCCACUGGCGCGUGGGCCAGGGCCCCUUUAGGCAGGGCCGCCUAGGGAAGCUAUUGCAAAAGGCAGCGCAGUCUAAUGCAGGGAUUGUGAGUAGGAGGAGGAGAAGCACCAACAGCAGCCCCCAGUUUCAGCCCCCGAUGUACCAAGUGUCUGUAGCGGAGAAUAAACCAGCCGGGGCCUCUGUUGUUGUUUUGAAAGCAGUGGAUUCGGACGAGGGGGAGGCCGGCAGGCUGGAGUAUUUCAUCGAGGCUCUCUUUGAUAGUCGCUCCAACAACCUCUUUGCCGUGGACCCGGCCAGUGGCCUUGUGUCCACAGUAGAGGUGCUGGACCGGGAGACGAAAGACACGCACGUGUUUCGCGUGACCGCGGUGGACCACGGCGCGCCGCGGCGCACGGCCAUGGCCACCCUCACCGUCACGGUCCGUGACACGAACGAUCACGACCCCGCGUUCGAGCAGCAGGACUACAAGGAGAGCAUCCGGGAGAACCUAGAGAUAGGCUACGAGGUGUUGACCGUGAGGGCCACCGACGGGGACGCGCCGGUCAACGGCAACAUCCUCUACCACAUCCUCAACAGUAACGGCUCCAGCGACGUGUUUGAGAUCGACCCGCGCUCCGGCGUCAUCCGCACUAAGGGCCUGGUGGACCGAGAGGAGGUGGAAUCCUACAUGCUGCUAGUGGAAGCGAACGACCAAGGCCGAGACCCGGGGCCCCGCAGUGCCACGGCCACAGUCCACAUAGUGGUGGAGGACGAUAACGAUAACGCUCCCCAGUUCAGCGAGAAGCGCUACGUGGUCCAGGUGCCGGAGGACAUGACCCCCAACACGGAGAUCCUGCAGGUCACCGCCACGGAUCAGGACAGAGGGAGCAACGCUGUGGUGCACUUCAGCAUCAUGAGCGGGAACACGAGGGGGCAGUUCUAUAUCGACGCCCAGACGGGUAAGAUGGACCUAGUGAGUCAGCUGGACUACGAGGCCAACAAGGAAUACACCCUGAGGAUCAGAGCUCAGGAUGGAGGACGCCCGCCGCUGUCCAACAUCAGCGGCCUGGUCACGGUGCAGGUGCUGGACGUCAACGACAACGCCCCCAUUUUCGUCAGCACUCCCUUCCAGGCCACCGUGCUGGAGAACGUGCCCCUGGGCUACUCCAUCAUCCACAUCCAAGCGGUGGACGCCGACUCCGGGGAAAACUCCCGGCUGGAGUACCGGCUCACUGAGACCACGCCGCACUUCCCCUUCAGCAUCAACAACAGCACAGGCUGGAUCGUGGUGGCGGCCGAGCUGGACAGGGAGAGCGUAGACUUUUACAACUUCGGAGUGGAGGCCCGCGACCACGGCUACCCGGUCAUGUCCUCGUCAGCCAGCAUUAGCAUGACCAUCCUGGACGUCAACGACAACAACCCGGAGUUCACCCAGAAGGCGUAUUACAUGCGAUUGAACGAGGACGCGGCCGUGGGGACCAGCGUGGUGACGGUGUCGGCCGUGGACCAGGACAUUAACAGCGUGGUGACCUAUCAGAUAUCCAGCGGAAACACCCGUAACAGGUUCUCCAUCACCAGCCAGAGCGGCGGCGGCCUCAUCACGCUGGCGCUGCCCUUGGACUACAAGCUAGAGCGACAGUACGUCCUCACCGUCACCGCCAGCGACGGCACCCGCUUCGACACGGCCAAGGUGAUGGUCAACGUCACCGACGCCAACACGCACCGGCCCGUGUUCCAGAGCUCACACUACACGGUCAACAUCAACGAGGACCGGCCCGUGGGCACCACGGUGGUGGUGAUCAGCGCCACGGACGAGGACACGGGCGAGAACGCCCGCAUCACCUACUAUAUGGACGACAGCAUCCCUCAGUUCGACAUCGACCCAGACACCGGCGCCGUCACCACGCAGAUGGAGCUGGACUACGAGGACCAGGUGUCCUACACGCUCGCCAUCACGGCGCGGGACAACGGCAUCCCCCAGAAGUCCGACACCACCUACCUGGAGAUCCUGGUCAACGACGUCAACGACAACUCCCCGCGCUUCCUCAGGGAUCACUACGUGGGCUCAGUGAUGGAGGACGUGCCGGUGUUCACCAGCGUGGUCCAGGUGUCCGCCACCGACCGAGACUCUGGGCUCAACGGCCGCGUCUUCUACACCUUCCAAGGCGGAGAGGACGGCGACGGGGACUUCAUCAUCGAAUCCACCUCCGGCAUCGUCCGCACGCUGCGCAGGUUGGACCGGGAGAACGUGCCUGUGUACAGCCUGCAGGCGUUCGCGGUGGACAAAGGGGCCCCUGCCCUGAAGACGCCCGUGAACAUCCAAGUUACCAUCCUGGACGUGAACGACAACCCCCCCGUGUUUGAGAAGGACGAGUUCGACAUCCUGGUGGAGGAGAACAGCCCCAUAGGCGUGGUGGUGUCACACGUGUCGGCCACGGACCCAGACGAAGGCAGCAACGCACAGAUCAUGUACCAGAUCGUGGAGGGGAACAUCCCAGAGGUGUUCCAGCUGGACAUCUUCUCUGGGGAGCUCACCGCACUGAUAGACCUGGACUACGAGACCAGGUCCGAGUACGUGAUCGUGGUCCAGGCCACCUCCGCCCCCCUGGUGAGCCGGGCCACGGUCCACAUCAAGCUCAUCGACAAGAACGACAACGUGCCCGUGCUGAAGAACUUCCAGAUCAUCUUCAACAACUACGUCACGGACAAAGCGAGCAGCUUCCCCACCGGCGUGAUCGGACGCAUCCCCGCCUUCGACCCCGACGUCUCGGAUCAGCUCCACUACAGUUUCGAGGUGGGGAACGAGCUGAACCUGGUCCUCCUGAACCAAAGCACGGGAGAGAUCCAGCUGAGCCGGGCCCUGGAUAACAACAGGCCCCUGGAGGCCUCCAUGAGGAUCUCAGUGUCAGACGGCGUCCACUCGGUGUCGGCCCAGUGCCUGCUCCAGGUCACCGUCAUCACCGACGAGAUGCUGUCCAACAGCAUCACGCUGCGUCUGGCCAACACCUCCCAGGAGCACUUCCUGUCGCUGCUGCUGGCUCAGUUCCUGGACGGCGUGGCCCGCGUGCUGUCGGCCGCGCCCCAGGACGUCGUCAUCUUCAACGUGCAGGACGACACGGACGUCAGCGCGCGCAUCCUCAACGUCAGCCUGUCGGUGGCCGUGCCGGCGCUGGGCUACGGGCGCCAGCGGCCCGGCGGCGACGGGCCGGCGCCGCGGCUGGGCAGCGGCGGCGGCGGCGAGUUCUUCGGCUCCGAGGAGCUCCAGGAGAGGCUGUACCUGAACCGCAGCCUCCUGGCCCAGAUCUCCUCGCAGGAGGUCCUCCCCUUCGACGACAACAUCUGCCUGCGGGAGCCGUGCGAGAACUACAUGAAGUGCGUGUCGGUGCUGAAGUUCGACAGCCUGGCGCCGUUCGUGGCGUCCGACACCAUCCUGUUCAGGCCCAUCCACCCCAUCGCCGGGCUGCGCUGCCGCUGCCCCGCGGGCUUCACGGGAGACUACUGCGAGACGGAGAUCGACCUGUGCUACUCCAAGCCCUGCGGGGCUCACGGCGUGUGCCGCAGCCGGGAGGGAGGCUACACCUGCGAGUGCUUGGAGGACUACACAGGCGAGCGCUGCCAGCUGUCGUCCCGCUCCGGCCGCUGCGCCCCGGGCGUCUGCAGGAACGGCGGCUCCUGCGUCAACCUGCUCGCCGGCGGCUUCAGGUGCGAGUGUCCGCCGGGCGGCUACGAGGCGCCCUACUGCGAGAUGACCACGCGCAACUUCCCCCCGCACUCCUUCCUGACCUUCCGGGGCCUCCGCCAGCGCUUCCACUUCACCCUCUCCCUCACAUUUGCCACGCGAGAGCCCGACGGUCUGCUGCUGUACAACGGCCGCUUCAAUGAGAAACACGACUUCAUCGCCAUGGAGAUCAUCAAUGAGCAGAUACAGCUCACCUUCUCAGCAGGCGAGACCAAAACAACGGUCUCACCACAAAUCCUGGGCGGAGUCAGCGAUGGCCAGUGGCACGUGGUGGAAGUUCACUACUACAACAAGCCCGUCCUCAACCAGGCCGGCCUGCCGCAGGGCCCCUCGGACCAGAAGGUCGUCGUGGUCACGGUCGACAACUGUGACGCGUCUGUCGCCCUGAGGUUCGGCCACGUCAUUGGGAACUACACCUGCUCGGCUCAAGGAAGCCAGUCAGGAUCCAAGAAAUCCCUGGACCUGACCGGCCCCCUGCUGCUCGGUGGAGUCCCCAAGCUCCCAGAGGACUUCCCCGUGCACAGCCGCCAGUUCGUGGGCUGCAUGAAGAACCUGCGCAUCGACAGCCAGCACAUAGACAUGGCCGGCUUCAUCGCCAACAACGGCACCCUGCCAGGAUGCUCCGCCAAAAGGCAUUUCUGCAACAACAGCCCGUGUCUGAACGGAGGAACCUGCGUGAACCUCUGGGGCUCCUUCAGCUGCGACUGCCCGCUCGGGUUCGGGGGACAGAACUGUGAACGAGCGAUGGGCAGCCCGCAGCGUUUCCUGGGUAACAGCCUGUUGCAGUGGACCAACCUGGCGGCGGCGGCGGCCAUCCCCUGGCACGUGGAGCUGAUGGUGCGCACGCGUCAGGCCAGCGCCACGCUGCUGCACAUCGCGUCCGGCCUCCAGCACAACCUCACGCUGCAGCUGCGUGGGGGGAGCGUGUUGAUGGGGCUGCACAGAGGCGAGGACUCGGCCCUGUCUCGCGUGGAGGAGGUGCUGGUGAACGACGGCGACUGGCACCACCUGCAGCUGGACAUCAGCGCCCUGGGAGGAGCCGCGGGCCGCCACAGGGCGCUGCUGUCUGUGGACCACGGGCUGUACCAGGCCAGCAUGGAGGUGGACGGGAGGCUGCGGGACUCCAAGCUGAAGAGCGUGAGCGUGGGCGGCGUGGCCCGGCUCGAUGGGAAGGUCCAGCACGGCUUCCGGGGCUGCGUCCAGGGCCUGCGCGUGGGCGGCGCCCUGAGCCUGUCCCAGGCCCGGAAGGUGAACGUGGAGCCGGGCUGCGCCGUGCCCGACCCCUGCAGCUCCGGACCCUGUCCCCCCAACAGCUACUGCAGCGACGACUGGGACAGCUUCUCCUGCACCUGCCUCAGCGGUUACUACGGCAGCAACUGCACCGACGCCUGCUCCCUGAACCCGUGCGAGCACGAGUCGACCUGCAGCAGGAAGCCGAGCUCGCCUCGCGGUUACGCCUGCGAUUGUCCCAACAACUACUUUGGCCACUACUGCGAGAAAAAGACGGACCUGCCGUGUCCCAGGGGCUGGUGGGGCCAUAAGACCUGCGGCCCCUGCGGCUGUCAGACCGACAAGGGCUUCGACUCGGACUGCAACAAAACCAGCGGCGAGUGUCGCUGUAAGGACAACCACUACCGCCCCGAGGGCAGCGACGGCUGCCUGCUGUGCGACUGCUACCCGGUCGGCUCCUUCUCCAGAGCGUGCGACCGGGAGAGCGGCCAGUGUCAGUGCAAGGCGGGCGUCAUCGGGCGCCAGUGCGACCGCUGCGACAACCCCUUCGCCGAGGUCUCCCCCAACGGCUGCGAAGUAAUCUAUGACAGCUGUCCCCAGGCCAUCGAGGCCGGGAUCUGGUGGCCCAGGACUAAGUUUGGCCUCCCUGCUGCGGUGCCCUGUCCCCGGGGAACGCUGGGCACGGCCGUCCGACACUGUGACGAGCACAAGGGCUGGCUGCCGCCCAACCUCUUCAACUGCACCUCUGUGACGUUCAGCAAGCUCAAAGUCCUGUCUGACAAGCUUUCCCACAAUGCAUCUGUGCUGGACGCCGGGCCGGUCCAGCAGACGGCGGCGCUGCUGGCCAACGCCACCGCGCACACGGAGCGGUUCUACGGCAGCGACGUGAAGGUGGCGUACCGCCUGACGCGGAGCCUGCUGCUGCACGAGAGCGGCCAGCGGGGCUUCAACCUCACCGCCACGCAGGACGUCCACUUCACGGAGAAUCUGGUCCGCGUGGGCAGCGCCAUCCUGGCGCCGGACACCGGGCCGCACUGGGAGCUGAUCCAGCGCACGGAGGGCGGCACGGCGGCGCUGCUGCGCCACUACGAGGACUACGCCAACACGCUGGCCCAGAACAUGAGGAAGACCUACCUGAGCCCCUUCACCAUCGUCACUCCCAACAUAGUCGUCUCCGUGGACCGCCUGAAGAAGAUGAAUUUUGCCGGCGCCAAGCUGCCGCGGUACCAGUCCCUGAGGGGCCCGCGUCCCGCCGACCUGGAGACGGCCGUCACGCUGCCCGACUCCGUCUUCCACCCGCCCGUGGACAACAAGGGCCACAGGCACCUGGACGUGUUCCCGGAGGCAGCGCCGCGCAACCGCUCGGCCGGCAGGAGGCGGCGGCAGCCCGACGACGGGCAGCAGGACGCCGUGGCCAGCGUCAUCAUCUUCCACAGCCUGGCCGCGCUGCUGCCGGAGAGCUACGAUCCCGACAAGAGGAGCCUGCGGGUCCCCAAGCGUCCGGUCAUCAACACGCCGGUGGUGAGCAUCACGGUCCACGACAACGACGAGCUGCUGCAGCACGCGCUGGACAAGCCCAUCACGGUGCAGUUCCGCCUGGUGGCCACCGAGGAGCGCUCCAAGCCCAUCUGCGUCUUCUGGAACCACACCAUACUCUCGGGCAGCGGCGGCUGGUCGGCCAAGGGCUGCGAGGUUGUGUUCAGGAACGGCACCCACAUCAGCUGCCAGUGCUACCACAUGACGAGCUUCGCCGUGCUCAUGGACGUCUCCAGGCGAGAGAACGGAGAGAUCCUGCCCAUUCGCGUCCUGACGUGGAGCACGGUGAGCGUGACGCUGGGCUUCCUCUUCCUCACCAUAGUCUUCCUCCUGUGCCUGAGGGCCAUGCAGUGCAACAAGACGAGCAUCGUCAGCAACGGCGCCACCGCCCUGUUCCUCUCCGAGCUCAUCUUCAUCCUGGGCAUCAACCAGGCCGACAACCCGUUCCUGUGCACGGUCAUCGCCAUCCUGCUGCACUUCUUCUACCUCUGCACCUUCUCCUGGCUCUUCCUGGAGGGUCUGCACGUCUAUCGCAUGAUCAGCGAAGUGCGAGACAUUAACUACGGGCCCAUGAGGUUCUACUACCUGAUCGGCUGGGGCGUGCCCGCCUUCAUCACAGGUCUGGCCGUGGGGCUGGAUCCCGAGGGCUACGGGAACCCAGACUUUUGCUGGCUGUCCAUGUACGACACGCUGAUCUGGAGCUUUGCUGGACCCAUUGCCUUGGUGGUGUCGAUGAACGUCUUCCUGUACGUCCUGGCCUCCAGAGCCUCCUGCUCGCCGCGACACCACAGCAUCGAGAAAAAAGAGCCUCGCGUCUCGGGCCUGAAGACCGCAGGUGGAGUCCUCUUCCUGGUCUCGCUCACGUGUUUCCUGGCGCUGCUCUCCGUCAACAGCGACAUGAUCCUCUUCCACUACCUGUUCGCCGGCUUCAACUGCGUGCAGGGCCCCUUUGUGUUCCUCUUCCGCAUUGUGUUCAAUAAAGAAGCGAGGAACGCCAUGAAAUACUGCUGCAGCCGCAAGCGCCCGGAUCAUAUGAUCAAGUCCAAGGCCUCUGGCUACAAAUGCAACACCAGCUGCGCUGACGGCCGCUUGUACCACCUCCCCUUCGGCGACUCCAGCGUGUCUCUGAACGGCACCAUGCAGAGCGGCAAGAGCCAGCAGAGCUACGUGCCGUUCGUCCUCCGGGACGAGGGCCUGAGCGGCAGCCAGGCGCACAUCGCCCUGAACGACCACGCGUCCCUGUACCACGAGGCCAAGCAGCGUCUGGACGAUCACGACAGCGACUCGGACAGCGACCUGUCGCUGGAGGACGACCAGAGCGGCUCCUACGCCUCCACGCACUCGUCCGACAGCGAGGACGAGGACGGGCCCCUCGGCCCAGAGGAAUGCUGGGAGAAGCUGGCCAAGAGGCCGCCGCCACACGACGCCAGUUUGGGGCAGGCGCUGUGGGCCGGAGCGGCGGCGGGUGAAGGCGAGGUCCCGGCUGCAGACCGGCUGAAGGCGCAGGCGUCUGAGCUCGACACGCGGGCGCCGUCGGACGAGCGGACGCCGGACAGCGCGCCUCCCAGUCUGCCCAGUCUGCCCAGUCUGCCCAGCCUCGCCGGCCACCCUCACAAAGGGAUCCUGAAGAAGAAGCAGCUUUCUCCGAUCGCGGAGAGGAACUGUCUGAAGCGCGUCCACAACGAGCUGUGUGAGCGCGGCGCGUCCCCGCAGGGCUCCUCCUCCAGCGCCAAGGCCGCUCCGCCCGACCACCUCAACGGCGUCGCCAUGAGCAUCAAGGCCGGGACGGUGGACGGAGACUCGUCAGGAUCAGACAGCCACUGCAACACCUCCAUGUGAUGGCGCUGAUGGAGGGGUGUGUCUUUGCAGGUCGUAAAGGCUCCUCCUUCAGCUCUGACUGCAAACAGGGAGCAGUGGACUUUCCCCUCGAAAAGCGAAACAAGAAGGGACCGCCAGUCGUCAUCCUGAUCCUGAGCGCGUGUGUGCGUGUGUGUGUGCGCGCGUGUGUGCGUGCGUGCGUGUGUUCUCAGACAGGUGCCAAACCUCAGGAGUCGCUACACUGGUCCAGGCUCACGAACCCUGACACAAGUCUCACUCCCCCUUUAAACAAAUCGUUUUGUUUACAUACUUGAAGCAAUGCACUUUUUUAAUUUACUGCCUGGAGCUGUUGGCAGUUUUUUUGUAGGGUUUUUAUGUUCCAGGUACAGAUUUGGUUUUAAAUGCUGUGGAACAAAUAAUGGGUCGUGUUUUUCUGGGAGGGUGAUUUAGACGUAGACUUGCAAACCUUCAGGGAACUUUUGUUUUCAUGAGUAACUACAUUGAACUGUCUGAGCUGAGUGUUCGUACCUGUGGCUGUUGAGACGUCCUCGAGGCGCCGGACGGUGACGUGCAGCUCCACAGACACUGAACUUCCCAACGGGACGAACUGCAGCGUCUCCCUGUUCAGACGCUCCACAUAAGCUACUUCUCACAAUGACGGACGCUGUUCAGCCGUUCAGGAGGGAGAACGUGUGUAGACAUAAAAAGGACUCAAAGGACUUCUGGCUUCUGUUUGUUUCUGAGAGCUUAUUUUUUAUGGACGUUAAAAAAACGCUCUCGCCUCUUGUCGCGUUUUCUGACGGAUGAACGCAUUUGUUCGAGUUCAGUAACUAAACAGCUGUAUUUUAUAGAUUUUUUGUGUCUUUUGUAAAAUAAAGAAAUACACGCACACUGGUGCUGUAAUACUAUUUGAGCUGUAAUCCAUUAUGACUGUACAGAGCGGCCUGUAAAUGAAUUAAGAACAUGUUUAACUGUAAGUAAAUAAGCCGACCUCCUUUACAAUCAGAUCCUGUUUGUAGCAUCACAAGUUAAAGCGAAGUGACGUCUCUAGAUGCCAUUUUUACCUACGUGAGUUAAAUGUGUAGAUUUCCUGCCAUAUUGAUCAACGCUACCAUGUCAAUCACUGGUAUCUCCCUGUUUUUACUGAUUAAAAUGUUUUCUACCAUUCUCA